UGAUGGAGAAAAUAAAGAAGUUGACAUGGAUAAAAUUAAAUUUAAGAAACUAGGCAAGAAACAUUUUGUAUUGAACGGAACAGUUGUAAUUGGAAACUUACCAGCGGAUAUGCGCGCUUAUGUAUUAACUUGGAAAAGAGUUGGCUCCAGCUUUAUGGAACAACCAUAUGCAUGCAUAAAAAAUCAAGAUGCUUGUGAAUUAUUUUUGAAAGACACGUAUCUGGUUCCUUAUCUUCUAAAUAGCUCAAAUAUUCCUUACAAAUGUCCAAUUCCCAAGGGAACAUAUGAAGUUAAUAACUUCUACCUGAAACCAAAUAAUUUACCAUCUGUAAUCCCACAUGGUGAUUGGAAGUUCACGUUUCAAUGGAGAAAGAAUAAUGAUACAUUAUUUAGCAUAACAUAUUUUGCUGAGAUUGUACCAGUUUACUAAUACAUUUUAAGACGGUUCUCUACCCAUUUUUCAAUGGCGUGAAAC